AUGAAACCUCUGAAUAAAACUAUUCUAUUUCAGGUUUUUAUUCUAUGGAAUCUUAUACAGAGUAGUCUGGCAUGGAAAGUAGGUCUCUGGAAAGAUCAUGCAGUAUCGACCAAUAAGACAUCAUCGCCAACCUCUAUUACAAACACACGAACGUUAAGUACAAGUUAUGUCACAGUAACAACCACAGUGGUACCUGAAUUUGAAGAAGAGGAUGAAGUACCAGAAAACUACACCCCGAUAGACCAAAUUACGUUAGGUGGAGAAACUGUUUCAUUCACAGUUCGUUAUAGAAUGGGUACCAGCAUAUUGAGUAGCUUGAUUCCUGGGAACUAUAAAUUCCAUCAUACAACCGUCAUAAGGACUGUAGGUGAAGAUUUCUUUAAAAACAGACUAGAAGAAGAAGAAAGAAAGGCAAAUGAGCCUUGGGAUGUCACCAUAUCCACAAAAUCCAAGUUAAAUAAUGGUAAGUCAUCAAAUACGCAAUCUCGAGAUGUUAAAAGUACAAGUUCGAAAUCAAAACAAGAAGAGACAGGUACCUAUGCUUACAGAAUAAAAAAUAAUGCAAAGAGAGAUAAAAUAAAAAGAAAUAUGGGAACGACCGCCACGACUAAAAAUACUUCAAGUAAUUUGCAGAAAAAGUCUUCCGCAGCAAGACUCAGUUCUGCGAUUGAAAACUUAUUUGAACCGACCAUCCAUGGUUUACAAGUUUCUAAAGAGCUUGUGUCUCAAAACCAUAAACAUAUAGGCAAUUCUAUGAAGGUACCUUAUGUAAAAUCAAGAACGUUGGAUGACCUUUCUUUGUCUAAUCUCCUGAUUGCACCUGAUAUUGAAGGUGGACUACAUGCUUUAAGUAGGACAGAUGGUCACGUAUUUUGGUCCAUUGAUUCAGACCAAUUUCAACCUUUAAUUCAUGUGGAGGAACCAACAAAUCCUCAAAUAAAUGAGACACUAAUAGUUGAACCAUUCGGAGAUGGGAAUGUCUACUUUUUUAAUAUACAUCAAGGGUUACAAAAGAUUCCCGUAACUAUGCGUCAAUUAAUCGCCACUUCGCCGAUGCACCUGAAAACUGAUGUCAUAGUUGAUGAUCUAGGCACUGUGAUUGAAGAUGAAAAGAUUUAUACAGGUUCAAGGAAAACGGUAAUGUAUACAAUUGAUGCAAAAAAGGGAGAAAUCAUUUCAGUUUUCGGCCCUGACACUGAAAAUAAGAAUUAUAGGAAGGAUAAUUUACAAUGUUUUAAGGAAGACGGGACAAAAAACACUGAUACUGAAGAUUGCGAUAAUGUAAUUGUUAUUGGUAAGACAAUCUAUCAAUUAGGAAUACAUUCCAAGGACGGUACUACAUAUAACGUAACAUAUGCAUCAUGGCAACCAAAUACACUAGAUGCUCAUUUGGCUCAAGAAAAUAGUGUUUCUAGGGAUGGUAUAUAUAUUGCACCAUUUAGAGAUAAAUCCCUAUUAGCAGUAGAUGCAACCUUAAAAAUUGCAAGAUGGAUUUCACCAAAUUAUCCUGGCAUAGUUGUUGGUUUAUUCGAUGUGUUUAACGAUGAGAAUAUUGGAGAGAACGUCUUAGUAAGACAUCCAUUUAGUGGCUAUGAUGACAAGAAGACGGAGUUAUCCGAGAAAGUGUAUUUGGAUCAAUCAGCUAACCAUUCAUGGUUUGCAUUAUCUAGCGAAAACUUCCCUUCUUUAGUGAAAGGAGCACCUAUGUCCAAAUAUUCUAGUAGCUCUAGAUGGAGAGUAUCGUCUAUCUUUGAGGACAAAAAUCUAUUCAAGACAGCUAUUGUGGGGGUACAUACAUUAGUAAACACCAAGUAUAGACAAUUGGUGGAAAGGUCUGUUAGCCCAGGAGAUUUUUCCCCAUCAUCAGCUUAUGACCAGGCGUUAGGAUUGGAUCCAUUUUCUGAAAGAAUUGAGAUUCCAAGAGACGAUCAAUCGCCAACUUCACUGGAUAGGUAUCUCUCACCAGCUGAAUUGGAAGCUUACAGAUUAAAGGUUCAAGCCGAAAUUACCAGAGAAAUAAUGAAUCAAUAUGAUUUCUCCCCAUUUAUGGUUAUUGGAAAAUUUAUUUAUCGAAUAGUGGAAAGCGGGCUAAUCUUAUUAUCUUCUUUGUUUCUAUUGAUUAUUCUUCAAAAAUUAAAUGUUGCACCUCCGCUUCAUGUUUUACUAGAAAAGAUAGGGAUUCUGCCGACUCCUGAGACACCCUUUAAAGAAGAUGAAAUACCAGAAGUGAAAAUUGCUGAAAAACUGAAUCCCUCUAAGGUCGAUCUGGAUGCCACAACCUCUGCUGUAAAUAUACACUCUAACCUAGGUAAUGGAAGAGAAAACUCAGGAGACGAGCAAGAUACAAAUGAUGGAUCUGGUGAAGCAGCUGAAAAGAAGAAGAGAAAGAGAGGUUCAAGAGGUGGGAAGAAAAAUAAGAAAAAGAGUCCUGAACAAAAACUCGAAGCAUUGGAAUUUGAAAAAGACUUAAAAAAUUUGACUGUGUCAGAUAAGAUUCUAGGGUACGGUUCGUCAGGUACUGUUGUAUUCCAGGGAACUUUUCAAAAUAGACCAGUUGCUGUAAAAAGAAUGCUAAUCGAUUUCUGUGACGUGGCUUCACGUGAAAUCAAAUUAUUAACAGAGAGUGAUGAUCAUAAGAAUGUUAUUCGUUAUUACUGCUCAGAAACCACAGAAAAGUUUCUUUAUAUUGCAUUAGAACUUUGUAAUGCCACAUUGCAAGACGUCAUAGAAAUGAAAAACCCGUCCGAUGAACUUCGGUACCUACAACAAGAAUUGGAUCCAAUAGAUAUAUUACACCAAAUAGCAUCAGGGGUCGCCCAUCUUCAUUCUUUGAAGAUUAUUCAUAGAGAUAUUAAGCCCCAAAAUAUACUGGUUGCUUUUUCAAAUAAAGUUGGUCUAGGUCGUCAAACAGAACACCAGAGCGUAAGAAUUAUGAUAUCGGAUUUCGGUCUCUGUAAGAAGCUGGAUGCUGAUCAAUCCUCGUUUAGAACAAAUUUAAACAAUCCAGCGGGCACAAGUGGAUGGAGAGCUCCAGAGCUGCUAGAUGAAACGGCUCCUCAGAUACUACAAACAUUGAAUGAAGAGGCAGAGUUUCAACCAGUACAUGCUAGUCAUCAAAAUGGAAAACAUAAUCACAAUAACAGUGUUCUAUCAUCAGAUUCGUUCUAUGACCCAUUCACAAAACAAAGACUCACUCGUGCCAUUGACAUAUUUUCUAUGGGCUGUGUUUUUUACUAUGUCUUAUCUAGUAGUCACCCAUUUGGUGACCGUUACAUGCGCGAAGGGAAUAUCAUCAAAGGUAGAUAUAAACUAGAUGGCUUAAAGAAGUCCUUAACGGAUAGAUCAAUGGUUAAUGAAGCGUCAGAUUUGAUUAAGCAAAUGAUUGCAAAUAAUCCAAGAGAUAGACUCACUGCUUUUGCUAUUUUAAGGCACCCUCUAUUCUGGCCAGCAUCCAAGAAAUUGGAAUUUCUACUAAAGGUCAGUGACCGACUUGAAAUAGAGAGAAGAGAACCACCAAGUCAAUUAUUACUGGAGUUGCAGGAGCACGCAGAUCUGGUCAUAACCACAGGUGAUUGGACAGUCAAUUUCGAUAAAGCAUUCAUGGAAGAUCUUGGAAAGUAUAGAAAAUACCACGGUGAUAGAUUACUAGACCUACUAAGGGUCUUAAGAAAUAAAUAUCAUCAUUUUAUGGAGAUGCCAGAGGAGCUAGUAGAGAGAAUGGGCCCUAUCCCUGACGGGUUCUACGCAUUUUUUAGUAGACGAUUCCCAAGACUGUUAAUAGAGUUGUAUCUGUUCGUUGGAGAGCAUUUAGUAGACGACAGAAUGUUGCAUGAGUUUUUUGACAAUUGA